AAUCUCGAUCAAAAUUGUAAGAAGAGCUCCUCCUAGAUUUCACUCUCCAGCAGAUCGAAACCCUAAUUUGUUUUCUCACUUCUCCUUUGUUUGUUUUUUCUCCUUUUUAAAAACCGAUGGAUUGUGGAGUCACUGUAAUCCCUCCCCUCUUAGAAGAACCCUAAUCUGUCGCGAAGACCUCAGAGAUCGUGUUCUAUCUAGAAUUUGUUGCUUACUGUGUACAAUAUAGCUGAUCGUGACGACUUGCUGAAACCUGGGGAUUCGUUUUUUAGGUUUUGGUUAGUUUGGAUGAUGAUGCGUCUUCCUUUGAUUUGAAUGUUAUUGGUGAUUGAUUACUUGACUGUACUAUCGAGUCUCAGAUCCACUGUUUUUUUUUUCUUUCUAAAAAACCAAAUUAUAACAAAGACUAGAGAGUAGAGCAAGCAACUUGAUUAGGCGUUGUGACACAUACCGUGUGGGGUGUUUCUUGGACUUGUUCAGCUACAAUGAGUAUAGCAAAUGAACAAGAGUUUUCCAUUGAUGGUCAUCAACUUGUCGACACCAAUGAUGAAUCAUCCACAAAGAGGAAACCAAGAGUUUCAUACACGAGGAAGUUUCUUUUAUCCUUGAGCGAUAAAGAUGUUUGUAAGAAGCUUCCUAAUCUGCCCACUGAGUUUAAUGAUUUACUCUUUCGUGACUCUGAUGAUCCUUCACCCGAGCGACCGAGAAUUUCUGGUGGUUUGAGGCGGAAUGACUACAGUUCGUCACCUCCCACCAGGGGUGAAUUUGGUGGCAACUCUCGAGGCACACAUGGUAGAUGGGAAGGGCGCUCUGGUGGAUGGAAUGAUAAAGAUAGUGAUUCUUCCCAUUCAGACCGGGACCCAGGUGAGCCUGGAAAGCGUUCUGGCAUUCCAUCUCGGAGGCCUUGGCAAGCACCUGAGCAUGAUGGACUUCUGGGGAAAGGUUCUUUCCCCAAGCCUCCUGGAUUUAGUGCGGGACCAGCUGGGUCCAAGCCUCAAUCUGAUGACUCGUAUCAGCUGCGUAGAAGCAAUGAACCUUACCAUCCUCCUCGCCCAUAUAAGGCGGCACCUUUCACUCGACGUGACACUAGAGACUCAUUAAAUGAUGAGACGUUUGGUUCUUCUGAUUCUACAAGUGAAGACAGAGCAGAAGAAGAAAGAAAAAGAAGAGCUUCUUUUGAGUUGUUGAGGAAGGAACAUCAAAAAGUAUUUCAGGAGAGGCAAAAAUCAAACCCAGACUUACGCAAAAACGACUUUGAUUUUACUGAACUGCUUGGGGAGUCCAAAGAUGAAAAAGAGCGUCCAAGUAGAAGCGAUGAAGUCAACAAUAAUACAUCAAUUCCUGGGGCUAAUAACCACUCGAUUCCUUCUCAAAGUAAUGCACCCAGACCGCUUGUACCUCCUGGUUUUGCAAGCACAAUUUUGGAAAGAAAGCAAGGGGAAAAACCUCAAACUGAAACUUCUCAACAUGAACGUGGUCCUUUGAUUGCCAAAGGCAUUAAUGUGGUGAAUGGAACGUCUGUUACUAAUGAAGAAAACCCGUCGUUAACUAAGAUAGGCUCAAGUGAGAUGCUGGUAGAAGGUGAAGCUGUUAAUAUGUCUUCAUUUCUACGAAUAUCUUUUUAUAUAAUUAAUAAUGACCUAAAUUUUGAAAAACCUUUCUCCAUCUCAAGCGCUGGUGAAGUUCCAGGAUAUCCUAGAAAAGUUGAGCAGGCUACAACGAUGUCGGAGGAGCCGUCCAUUCUGGAUAAGAUAUUCAACACCGCUAUAAAUUUGAAUAGUGGCGACUCCUCUAAGAAUACUCCGAAAAUCGUCGAAAAAGUAGAAGAGAAACGGAGCCCUCAGACUGUUAAAUCCUCAAAGUUCGCACAUCUGUUUCUCGAAGAAGAUAAUAAGCCAAUCGAAGAUCUCCCAUCCAGCAUGCCACCAAGAGGCUUACUAUCACUACUUCAAGGUGCAGAUAAAUUGCACACCUUUGACACAAAUGCUAAGGGUGAACUUUCAAUGGAUUUUCCUUAUCAAGGCCACGCCACUAAAAACACUGAUAAGUUAAGCAACACUUCCGCUACUAAACCAGUAACAGCUGCUCCACCUGUUCUCACUUGUGAAGACCUUGAGCAGUCUAUUCUGUCAGAAGUCAGUGAAAUCUAUCAUCCUCCUCCACCACCAGUUGACCAAGACUUGAGUGUUUCUUCAGCGAAGAAGAUCAAACAAGGGAAACCAUCUGUUGAUAACCAAGCUUCGCAGCACCUUCUUUCUUUGUUACAGAGAAGUGCAGACCCGACAAUUCAAGAUACGCAGCUACUUUCAGUCACAGAGAGUAGACCACCACCGUCUGUGAAGCCACCUACAGCUGGAGAAGCAGACCCGGGGAAGUCUUUGACCCUUGAAAAUCUAUUUGGGAGUGCCUUCAUGAACGAACUGCAGUCAAUUGGAGAACCCGUCUCUGGAAGAGCUGUGGUUUCAGAUGCUCCUGGGAUCCAGCUUCGAUCAGACCGGUCUAUGGGUGAACUGAGCCAAAGAAAUCAAAUCAGACCAGAGGGUCUCCCUGGAGGGCUACUAGGCCUUCCAGAAGGUGGUAACUUACUUGCAGUUGGGGAUCAUGCAAACCGACAAAAAUACAUGUCUUUUCCAGGACCUCAUAAUCAGGAGCCUGAAGUAGCUUUCAACAUCUCUGACAAGCUAGCUACUUUAAACUCUGGACCAACAAUGGGAGGUCCAGAUGGUACUUUUCUUCACCAUCAUCCUCAACAAUACGCGACCAACCCUUCUCCUCACUUGAAUGGUUCAGGCCCUGGUUUCCAUCAUUUGGAUACUCGACAUGCACCUCAGCUGGAUUUCAUGGGCCAAGGAAACAUCCAGGAUCCUCCACUAAAUCACCUGUUUCCACCAAACAUGAUUCAUCGUCCACCUUUCCUUCCAGAGUUUGAUCGUCUUCCUCCACAUAUGCAGCAGAAGAUGCAUAUGCAAGACAACCUGCAACGCCAUCAUCUUAUGCAAGGAUUCCCCGGUGGUGGUCCACCACACCAUCACUCUCCUAAUCUAAACAACCAAAUGCAGGGUCUCCCCUUCGCUCAUCACCAGCCCAACUACGGUAUGCAACCACCAGGUUCUCAAAGUAACAGAGUUGAACACCCAGCUUCACUGCAGACACUCUUAGGGAUUCAUCAGAGGAUGGACCCAUCCAAGCAGCCUCCAGCAAUGGGUCAAGCCGGUGGUCCCAAUCGUCAGGGCUCUAUGGGUCAGGAACUCGACCUUGGCUUGGGCUACAGGUGAUUCUGCUCUGCUCACAAUCCCUUUACGGUUUACACUAAGUUGCUUUGUGAUGUGCAAAGUAGUCAAAAUUAUCGUUUAAAGAAGAAAAAAAAUCAGUGAACUGUCUUUUCUAUUUGUGCUUGUGAUAUCUGGAUGCUUUUAAUUAACAGUGGUAGAUUUUGAUGCUC